AUUUCGUGGUGGUGACAAAAGAAAAGGUACCUGAUUGACACAAGAUCCGACAUACCUUCAACCCGAACAACAAUUACCAACUACCACAAGACAACACCUACUUCCGCGUCAUGGAUGUUUUCUAUGCCUACACUUACUCCACAGCCGGAUGGCUUGGUCUCCAGAGCUUGGCUCUGAUCGCUGUGCCGGAGAUGAUGACAACCAUGCUGUUGACUGAGACACGAGACCCUUCUGCACUGGAAACAUACUUCUCUCGCUGCCUGGGAUUCAGUCUACUUCUCAUUGCAGUCUUGACUGUAAUGCUUACCGGCUCCGUGCCUCUGACCACUUCAAUCGCACAACCCGUCACAACGGACGAUUCCGACCCCAAGGCACCAUAUGCCGUUCCGACCAUGAUGGUUACAACCGUCUUUCACGGAGCUUCAGCGGGGUAUGCAUACAUCUGGUGGGUGGCUACAGGACAGAUUGCCUACGCGAUUGGUAUGGUGGGAUACGCAGCUAUUGCGUUCGUUGGGGUGUGGUGCGCUCUUUUCGCGAGCAGUGGAGGCAAGAUCAACCGCAAGACUGGUGUCGAUAAGCGGAGCAGUGGUUUCCCUUUUGCCAACACGGAGGCCGACAAGAGAUUUGUGGGGAAGAAGCAGCUGUAAAUGAGGAGACUGAUGUCUCAAGCGGGGUUUCUGUGCAUAAAUGUGGAUAGUCGCAUGCAUGCAAUGACUGCAGAUAAAAGAGAGUCUGCACACGCCAGAAGAGAGAAGACACAGAGAGAUAGUGUUUGACUACUGAAAUUGAGCAUGUUUAUCUCUC